GAGAAAAUGGCGAUUUUCAGUGUGUAUGUUGUGAAUAAGGCAGGUGGACUUAUUUAUCAAUAUGACAACCACGUACCAAGAACAGAGGUGGAGAAGACAUUUAGCUUUCCGUUGGAUCUAGUCUUGAAAAUCCACGAUGAGAAGGUUGUGGUUUCAUUCGGCCAGAGAGAUGGCAUCAGAGUGGGCCAUGCGGUGUUGUCAAUCAACGGCAUUGAUGUGAAUGGCAAGUUCACAGCAGAGGGCAAGGAGAUCCUGGAGUACCUGAAAGAGCCAGCCAAUUAUCCCGUGUCCAUCAAAUUUGGAAGAGCCCGUCUGAGCUCAAAUGAAAAGUUGAUGCUGGCGUCGAUGUUCCACUCGCUGUUUGCUAUUGGUUCCCAGCUCUCGCCAGAGGUCGGGAGUUCUGGAAUUGAGAUGUUGGAGACGGAUGCCUUCAAGCUGCACUGCUACCAAACACUCACAGGUAUAAAGUUCAUUGUGCUGGCAGAUCCAAGGCAGUCGGGUAUUGAUGCGCUGCUGAGAAAGAUCUAUGAAAUCUACUCAGACUUUGCCCUGAAGAACCCCUUCUACUCACUGGAGAUGCCCAUCAGAUGUGAGCUUUUUGACCAGAAUCUGAAGGGUUCCCUGGAGGUUGCGGAGAAGGCUGGUACCUUUGGACCGGGUUCUUGAGGCGCAUAGAAGAGGAACCGUCAGUAGGGGGCGACGUACCUCAACCUGUGCUCAGGAGGUGUGGGAGUGGAGCAGACAAACAAAACUACUCCCAUCUUGGAUCCCCAGGACGUUUUGCCUUCAUCCUAAUCGGCAUGGCAUAUGCUAUUCAUUAAUGAAAAGAACUUGUGGGGUGGGGUGGAAAUGUCCUAAACAAGCAACACACUGCUGUCUUUCAAAUAUGUAGUCAGAUCUUCACGUGUGUGUGUGUGUGUGUGUGUGUGUGUGUGUGUGUGUGUGUGUGUGUGUGUGUGUGUGUGUGUGUGUGUGUGUGUGUGUGUGUGUUAGCCGUCAAUGAAAUGUUCACUUCUUCACUAGCCUACACAGUGCACUACAUGAUGUGCAGUGAUGGGCAUUUUGGAUCCAUUGGUUUUAAUACAGUGCCAUAUAUUUAUAAUGACCUGUCAAAUUACCUGUCCAAUUCAACCAGGUGAUUGCUUGGUUGAACGAUAACCUGGUUGAAUAGGACAGGUAAAAUCAGGUAAUCUUUUUGAAUAUGUGGCACUGGAGUGUAAACUAAUGAAUCCAAGUUGCCCAUCACUUUGUGAGUGGAUUUAGUUUGUUUGCGAGGUAGUGGAUUGUGUAGUGGAUGGGGGAGUGAAUAUUGAGGAUUUGGCCAGUAUGUAUGUGGGCGUUUCUCAAAGUCAAGUGUUCUAGCCUGGCUAGUACGAGUCAUUUUUCGCAGUAUCCAGUUAUUAAUUACACUUGGAACUAGUUAUUGGAUAUCCCAUACUGCCUUUAGUUCCACACAAUCGUUUCGAUCUGAAAGACAGUCUGGCGAGGAUGACUCAUAACGGACAAGAUCAUGGUCCCUGUCUCUGUCCAAUCAGAGAGCGGAACGGGUGUGUCAUAAUGGCCAAGCAUUCCGACCUUUACGGUUUCUCUGUCCACUCAGAGAGCAGGGCAGUGUGUCAUAAUAACCAAGCAUAGAACUAAUACAAUUAUUUCUAUGAUAGCCAAGUAUUCUGCCCCCUAUGGAAUUUACAAUAGGCAGCUCCCCAGACCAAAUCUCACUUGUGAUUAGGUCUGGUGUUAACCAGGCAAGUUAUUGGAUACUCCUAGGUGAAAUCUGUAAAAAAUGAGUGCUUCUCGCACUAGCAAGGCUAGAACACUUGACUUUGACAAAUGGCCUCUGAUUGCUUUGUUCAGACGAUCAGUGGACUGUAAUGUGAGAUCCACUGAGGAGCAUACUGUUGUGAGGAUGGCAUGUGUUGGAACAUUUUACCUGUUGUGUGAUAUGAAGAAGCCACUGUAAAUACAGCAUAAGUAACUGUCUGUCUCUUUUGUACAUAACAUUAAAAAAAUAAUAUCUUCAGUUGA